AAUGGCCGACAUGAGAUCGGCGUUCAUUUUCUCUCUGAGCCUUAUCACCGUCUUCACCAACCUGGUACCCCCUGACAACAUCUUCGACGAUUUUACCCAGGGUGCACCUCUUCGUUACGUUAUCAACUUGACCAACUGUAUGCCAUCCCCUCCAUUUGGUCCCAAGAUGGAAGAUACGUUUAUUAGUGACGUCAUUUCCGGUGGAACCCUUUCUUCGUCUUCUGAUGCCACAUGGAAUAUGCUCCUGGGAAAUGAGAAAUACAUCAACGGCAGCAGAUACAACCUAACCGCUAUAUCAUCAUUGAGAGUAACCAGCAUCCCAAUGUCAGAUCAAGGUCAAGCCAUCGUUUACGUGUACGACCUUGACCCAAGGUCAUGGAAGAGGCUGGCUGUACAAGACAUCACCUGCUUUACUGGUCAGAGAAAGAGUGAGAUCGCCUUCGUUACCACCAACCAAACGAAGACGCCGCUCUACACGUACGACGACGUAAGCGCCACCUUGUUGUCGGGAGGGGAGGCGACUUUCUCUUUCAACAUAGACGGAAAAUCCCCGGAUGACCAAUUUUAUUACGUGGUUGGCAGGAUUGAAGAUUUCAGUUUUAUUGACGGUGACAUUGUGUUCAGUAUCGACAUACCAAACGAACUUGUAAUUUCGGUGUAUCGUGCUCAACUGUCACGUGACAGCCAUGUCACUUUGACGUCGUAUCAGGUUAACCGGAAGACGGCUUCACGUGACGAAAUUGGUGCGUACAGGGGAUCGAUCGAGAGAGGAGGAUGGUACCGAAUAUACAGCCUAAACUGACAAUACAUGACAAUGCAAUGUCUAAAUA